CGCAAGCUGAUCACGAGCCAUGCACCAUCUGCUCCUGACCCGGUGUACAGGGACGGACUUAAACUGGCUGCUGGCGCGUGAAUGUGCAUUCAGUUUGAAUUUAGGUGUUCGACUAAGAAGACAAACGAUGUUUCUGUUCGUGAUAAUCGUGUCUGCGUUGACGUCCAUGAGUCCCAUCGGGGCCCGUGCGGAUCUCGAUCAAGAAGACUUGAGAACGAUCAAAAAUCAAUUGAAUUUGCUAAUGGAAAAAAGACAACAGGAUUACCAGCAGUUGGAAAAAUCACUCCACGAAUCUUUUAAAGGAAACACGGACCUGGAUUCGUUGAAAGAAGAAAUUCAAUUGCUCAGGUAAAUAAUUAAAAACGUGUUUUUUUUAUAUUUUUAACUCAAUUAAUUAAUUGAACAGUCGUUUUUAUUUAGAAGAGGUAAAUUAAACGUAAGACCGAUUAUAGUAUUUAUGUAUGUAUUUAUUAUGGACCUAGAUCCAAUAACAAUAGGAUUGCAGUAUUACAUUUAAAAACCUAUGACUAAGGGACACACAUUAAAAAAAUGAAAAAGAUUGAGCAUAACAUAGGGAUUAAUAAAAAUAUAUUAACAAGAAAAAUAACAAUAGGAAUAAGAGGAAUAAAAAUAAAAUAUAAAAGAUAGUUAAUUGAUAUUAUCUCUCUUAAAACAACAAUAAGGUUUAUGAAUACAAAUCAAAAUCAAUAAGGACGGAGUUACCAUUACGUAAAAAAUUAUUCAUUGAGAAAUUAAGUAUAUAGCUGAGGGAUGAAUGAGUAAUACUAUGUAAACAGGAAUCUCUUGUAUUAUGGACAUUGACUUUUAAUUUUAUAAGACUAUAAAUAUAUAUAUAUACUUAUAGUUUAUUACAUAUUUUAUUUGGUUGUUACCGUAAUGUGUCUAAUAUGUAUUAUAUACUUUUUUUUUUGGAAUUUUAAUUAGAAUUCUUACAACGCAAAAUUUGCAUUAAUGAUUUUCAAAAUACCUUGAAUAAUUAUUAACUAUUAUGAAAUAAAUAUUUAAUGAAGUGUGCUUAAACAAAUAUUUAGAUAAAAUUGCAAAUUUAAUACGCAUAAUACAUAUUAUGAUGCGUAUUGAAUUUUUUACAAUAAAAUUAAUUUUAAUCAUAUAAUGUAUUGAUAAUUAUUCUGUCUACAGUAAACGAUAAAACUUCCACGUUAUAAUCCUCGAUCCUCUUAUAAGACUACCCAUUAAUAUAUAUUUCAAUAACUCAUAAAUAAAUGAAUUGAUUAAUUGAUCGAAAAUUGCAUUUGUUCAGUGUACACAUAGUCCUUAAUGAUAAAGUAAACACGGAUCCUUUUUUAGGACAGAAUAUUAUAAUAUACCAGCUACGUAUAUGAAAACGCAUCAUACAUUUGAAUUAUAACUCGCAUCUAGUUUUCUAUAAAACGUUUUCGUUACUAACUUUUUAUUUAAAAAACUUUAAAAUAAAAAACAUACCUACCCAUUUUAGGGUAUAUAGUAAUAAUCUAUACAUAGUGUUAAUAAUAUUCAAAUUAAUAUGGUCGUAUAAGCUGCCAAAAUUAUAAUAACUUACAAAUUAUAAUUAAAACUUAAAAAGAGUUUAAAAAAAAUAAAUAUAAUAAUUGUUACCUGCAAUCAAUCGGAGUAAUAUGGUGUUUAUUUACAGCCGUUAUAAAUUUCGUCAGUCUUGGUUGUACAGUUGUUCACCGAUUGAAGUGUUUAGUUAUCCUGAUUGUCUGGAUUUAAUUAGAAUUACAAAAAGACAAAUAGCGUGAAAUUAAAUGUUAAACCAAGCCGUUAAAAUCGUUAAAAAAAUUCCACUUGCCUGGAGUAUUAGUAUUUUUAGAAAUGGUUUAUUGGCAGACGUGAGAGUUAUUUACAAUGUGUCACGUUGUUGGUUCUUAAAAUGAAAAUUAAAUGAUUAUAUUAUUAAAACGUAAAUAAACACAACUUUAAUAUUUUAUUUUAAACAAAAUUAUAUUCUGUAUAGAUCUGAAUUUAAAAAAAAAAAUAAACGAUUUUGCCGUAAAAAAAACCUCGAAGUUUUUUGUCGAUAUUUACCUAUCCAUAAAAUAUAAAUUAUAUUUUAAUAUUAUCGGUUGUUCUCAUAUAUAAUAUCUGUCGAAUUUUAAAUAUAUUAUUUAAACACUGCUAUAAUUGAAUAUUUAAAAAAUAAAUUGCAUUGCAUCUAGUAAAUAAUUUGUCAUGUCACAAUAUUAAUACACUAUUAUAAAUCGUGCCUAAUAUUUUUAUCACACAGUAUAAUGUUAACUAGUGCUAGAAUAGAAGGAACAAAGUAAAAAUUAUUUUUUAUAGUUAAUAUUUUUAAUUUUUAACGUAUACUCCGUCUAAUUUCUCAUUAUGGACACAGAACCGUCGUUAAGAAAAAUAAAUAGAUAAUCUGGUGUGAUUAAAAAUUUGAUUACUUUAAAUAAGUACCAAAUUUACGAACUUCAAAAAAUGUUUUUACUCGUUUUUUUGUUUAUUGAUAAGUAAUGCAUCUGACGGUAAUAAUACAACGGUAAUCACGUAAUAAAAUACAAAUUAAAUAAUAACUAAGAAACGAUUAGUUUUGCCGAAUUUAAAAUUUAAAUAUCGUUGAAUUGCCUACUCAGUGUUCUAUAAUUCCAAAUUUGGAGUUGGUAUCACUUACCCUACCUAUUUUCGGUCCUGAAUGUAUAAUUAAGAAAAUUAAAUCGUAUAAGGUUCACACCCACGUGCAUGCAGUUGUGCAUCUCUCUUAUAUUUUUUUUUUCUAAUUCAAAUAUUGAAUUAUUAGGUAAUUUAAUUUGUAGACUAUAUAUUGUGUAAGUUCAAUUUAAUAUAGGUAGGUAGUAAACAUUAACCAGUACGACCAAAGUACAUUUAAAAUGUAUAAAAACACAUACCCGGUUCAAAUCAAAUUACAUAGAGUACACCAUAGAUAAAACUUAUUAAACAGUUGUUUGAAAAAAAAAAAAAAAUCAAAUUGCAUUACGUUCUGCACCAACUAUUUUUACUAUACGUAAAUACGGGUAGAUGUUACACUAUUAUAUAGUGACUUUACGGUCCGUUUGUUUUUAAAUCUCGUUUGUUUUUUCAUUGAUUCAAUUUGAAACGAUUUGUCCACCUAUAACAGAAUAAUGGUUCGAAAAUUGACAAUAUUUGUAUGCCAGCUCAUUACGAGUUCGUUUAAUGAUUAAUGAUAAUAUACCUAGGCGCUCAUGUGGCGGAUAUAAGUAUAUAACUGAUAUUACUAUAAAUACAUUAAUCCUAAUCGUAUGUAUUUAAUUCGAUUUCUUCGCACUUAACAUUUAAUUCUGACAUUCUGACAUAAUUGUCCCUUUUUUUUUUUUUUUUUUUCCAUAACCGAAUAAAAACCUAUUCGAAUCGUUUCAGUAGUUCAACUAUUCGAUGGCGACCAACUCCAUUUAAUACGCAAGUCCGAUAUAGUUACUGUUCGGUUGCACGGCCGUCCCAAAAAAUAAUAAUUAUCGUACCUAUUGUGUUUAUACACCUAGCCGCCUUCGUUUUGAAUAAUACGAGAUUGUAUUAUAUUUUAUUCAUAAUUCGCGUUAUACUAUUGUUUUUUUGUAAAGGCGCAGUUUAACGUAUAGGUAACAUUUUAAUAUUUACAUAUAGAAUGCGUAUAUUAUUAGAUCGUGCGUAUUACAUUAUACACCUAUAAUGCAGUAUACACGGUGUCCGGAUGUUCACACAUUCGCGUGUUUAUUUUUAAUUGUUAGACGAGUUACACAUGCGGAUUCGUUUUGGGGUUAUGGUCGGUAAAAAAAAAAAAAAAUUAAAAAAAAUAAAUACACACGAUAUUAUUAUUGUACCAUUAUAAUAUUAUAUCGUGUUAUUCACAAUGAUUAAAACGAAUAAUGUAUGCAUAGGCUUUUCGGUAUAAUAUGUAAUUACGUUAAGAUUAUUUCGGAAACGCGACUUCGGGUGUAGGUAUACGUUUUAGAAGUAUAUAAUGCCUCAUUAAGAACGCCCAUACGUAAGAUGUAUAUACCUACAUGUGGGCUGUUGCGCGUAAUAACAUAAUGUAAUAAUUUAAAAAUUACAAUUAAAUUAUACACAGUAUAAACAAUAGAGUAACUCGUAUUGAACAUAAUAUACAAUUGUUUUUGUUUAUACUAUAUAUAUAUAUAUAUAUAUAUAGGGAAGAGAAUACGAGGAUGUCCCAUUCCGGCAGCGACGGAAUUCGCGACAAAGUGGCCGUGGGAUGGCUGAAAGAGGUGAUCGAAAGCCUGCGAUCGGAAAUGCAAGCGGUGUGGUCGGCCAUCAACGAAACGGCGCAAAUACACAAGACCGUGGCCAUACAAAACGAUCUGCAAGCGCUGCGGAAGGACUUGGAUUCCGAUCGGAAAGACUUGCAAACAAUGCAAGGAGAAUUGUUGUCGGUCAGAAAGAAUUUCGAAGACAUGGCGACCAAACAUUUCGAAUUGGAGAAAAAAAUCAACACCGUGGCUAAACAUCAAAACGUAUUCGAAAAAGUAAGUAGACAAGUAGUACCUAUUAUAUUAUACCCGCAAACAAAAGCAUAAAGCGAAAAAAUCUUAGUAUAUAAUAUGCAUACGAAUAAAUUUUCCAUCGGCUAUUUUAAUUGGUACUUUGGUGAGAGUAAAUAUAUAGUUGGUUAUAAAUAUUUUUCAACCAUCGACUUUAUUAAUCGUUCGGCCGCCUAUAAUUAUACAAUUAAUAUAGUUAUUGUUGCACGUAUUAUUUUUUAUAAUAAUAUAGUGAUGAGAUGUAAAUCCGAGGUUUAUCCGAAAAAUCAAAAUAUCCGGAUUUCAGCAUGGAAAUUCCAAAAUUCGAGUUUUUAAUUGAUUUUUUUUUUUUUUUUUGAAAUAAUAGCACUUUUUCUGAAAGAAAAUUUUUUAUCUAGAUGGUACUACUUUGAUUAGGUAAUUUUUUUGAUUUUCAAAACGGUUAUCGUAAUAAUUUGGAAAAACGGAAAAAUCUAUGUACACGGUACACGUGUAAAAGAAACUUGGCUCCGAAUCGUUAUUCAUUAGAAAUGGUCAAUCGUUGCGUACAGAUAUAAAUUAAAUUUCCCUCUAUAUCCUACUUUCCCAACUUCUCACCUACGCUCGCCGCGAAAUUAAAACGGACAAUGUUAUAUUAUUUAUUUGUCAGCAAUCGCGCGAUAUUCAAAAACGUCGAGUCGAAACGUGGACAGCGAUUAUAACAAUACAACGCGCAACGAAACGCUUCAAUAUAGGGGAGGGGUGUGGGGGCGGGGGAGGGGGCACGAAAAUACCUUGAUAUAAUUGCUCGACGAGCCAUAUGGCAUAUACGGGUACGCGACUAUAAUAUACGUAUACGCUUACGGUGUACAACAUUCGGAUAGUGUCUGUGUGUGUGUGUGUGUAGGGCCCCGCACAUUUACCAAAUGGCGUUUUCGGCGGUUUUAUAUAAUGGAGCGCCGGGAAUGAAAAAACGCUGCUGUUGUUGCCGCGCCGGGUGUUUGUAACACGGCGGCGUAUACGUAUUGCGGUGCACACAAAUAAUAAUAAUAAUAAUAAUAAUAAUAAUAAUAAUAAUAAUGAUAAUAAUAGGCGACCGGAGCCGCCCGAUUGCGCGGGCGGUAACGCAAAAAUCGGAUCCAAAGAAUCGCAAUGUAAUAAUGUUUUUUUUUUUUUUUGUUUUGUUUUACAGAAAAGCAACGAAAACGACGCGAAAAAGACCACGUUCAACAGCGUUUACAAAGUAAGUGCAUUGACGCGCUCACGCGUAAUAUUAUUGUAUGUGCGUACGCGCGUAGGAACGAAAUUAAAAAAUUAUAUCGAGGGUAGGGGGAAGCGGUACCGGUCAAUUUUUUUUUCUACUCAAAAACGCAUUGUUACGCCUCGUUAAACGGUUCGAUGUCGACUGAUUAUAAUUUUGUUUUCCUUAUCCGGACAGAGAAAUACUUCCUGUUUAGCCCGCUUUGAACACGGUUUUUCGAUAUAAGUUUUAUACGCGUUUAAUAGUAAAAAAAGUCGAUUUUAAGCUUCGAAAAAAAAAAAAAUCUUUUAAAUUAACAAGCAGUUAUUCCCGUGAUGAAAUUCCGUAUUCACCAGUAGAAUCUGCAGCAGUAGCCCAUUUCCUCUCUAAAUAUAGAUAGUGGGUCAUAUAGAUAUUAGGACGGUCAUUAAAAUGUUAAAAAUUGGACACAAUUCGGUAAAUCAGACAACAUGGUCCCUUCUUAAUCUUUAAAUUUCGUAUCAAUAUUAAUAUGUUGGGGUGUUUUUCUCCCCUAAACAGCGAGUGACGUUUAACGACGACAGCAACGACAUCGAUCCUCUGCGCACGAACGUGAUCACCACGGUGGUGACGGACCAAGAGGCGCGGGAGCUGGAACAGUUGGAGUCGUCGCGCAAAUCGCUGGUGCACCGCAUGACGCGGCUAGAGAAGCGCAUCAAAGGCGUGCUAUACAGGGAAAGCGCGGCGGUGGAACGGGAAAACCGACUGUCCCGGCUGGAGGCGGACCUGAACGCCACCAAGGAAGCGCUGGCGUUUAACGCCACGCGUCAAGACGCCACGCAGGACCGCCUGCACGGGUCGUUACUGGAGCUACUGGAGAGCGUCGAAAACCUCGACGACCGGGUGGACGCGUGCUUGCCGGAGGUGCGCAAGGAAAUAUCGAAAAUCGAAUUCACCGUGGCCCGGAUUAACGCGUCGGUGGCCAUUAUCAAGGAAGACCAGGUGAGCAUAUUGUUAUCAUUAGCGUUGUCCGUGCCGAUUAUGUAUAGCGACAGACGACGUGUGCGGUCCAAAUACAUAAUAUACGCGCGCGCAUGUGUGUGUUUGUAUGCACAUGUAUUUGACGAUAUUUUUGUACGUCCCUACAGAACAACCAAAUACUGACGACCAAAGCCCUCGGUGAAGGGAUGUCGGCCAUCCAGCGGAAAAUCACGAAAUACGCUGACAAACAGCCCGACACGACCGCGACGACUGCUCCCCGAGUGAGUACAUUUACUGUAAUAUUAUUGUUUACUAUAAUCAUAAUAUGCGUACAGCUAUACACAAAAUUACCAAAAUAUUUUGUUCGAUUUGUUUGUGUGUUUAAACCGUUAUCCACUGCUAUGCGUAAUGAAUCACGAAUAGAAAAAAAAAUUUUAAAAAUACAGUAAUUAAUGUUUAAGGUCGUUAUAUGGUCGGCGUUAAAUAAUUUUUGCUUAUAAGUCGAAAAACGUAUUCAUAUUCGUACUUAAUCCAAUGUAGGUAUAUGGACAGCUGCAGGAAAGUAUUUAGGGGGCAUCCAAAGCCGUCACAUUUCAAAGAGGCGUCAUAAUCUUGCGUAGUAAAAUAGGGGUUUUUAUUUUUAACAUCAACCCCGUCCCACAGUUUACACUUAUUCGAAAGGGUCUUAAAUAUGAAUAUGUUUUAAAGUCCCAAGUAUACGGUAGAAAAAUGCAAAAUGUGCAGUUCAAAAUUCCGACGCGUUACAAAGAAAAAAAGCUGUUCUAGGAUAACGGGGACGGGUGCAGUCACUGUUAUAGGUAAUUUAAUGUAUACCUGUAAGCAACGAUAAACCAUUGGUAACGAAAAAACGAUUCUGAUCCGAGUUCGGUUAAUAAUGAUAUGCGUUAAACAUUUCCUUUAAUAACAUUUGUUUCAUAUCGUACCUAUCUUCCCGUUUUCCCUCUAUACGUUUCGCACAUUUUCCCGUUUCGUUUGAUUUAUUGAAAAAACUCCUGAGAAAAUCAAAAACCCACCUCCUCAAAGUAUCUCCCCGGUCAAAUUUCCUUUUGGAAAAAGAGCCAUCGUUGUAUAAAUCGGAGCAAAAUCGCUGGUAGAAAAAAUUGUCCGCGGAGAAAAAUUGAAAAAAACUCCAUUGUAAAACCAAUACAUUCCUCGUUCCGCUCGGAAUCUGAAAAACGCGUUCUCGCGAAAUGGCGUUAAAAACGUCAAUAAUAAUGCACAUAAUGUAUACAUAUAAAUAUUGUACGUCUGCGAUGGGCACCGUAUUCUUUGCCCAUUAUUACACCUUUCGUAUAGCUACUCUGUAUACAUGGUCGCCUGCAAGCGGAUUUUCGUUCGGCUGUAAUACAGUAGUAUUAUACCUUUAUACGGGUAAUUUAGUAUUUUCUCCGGGCGAAUAAUACAGUAUCGGGACGAAUACCCGUCGCGGUUAAACGGUCCGGGUUCAUUAAUAUUUCGGACGUGUGCCGCGCGCGCGCGCGCCCGCCUUUAUAGAGUAGCAACGAUUUCGCCGAAUAUCGCGCGCCGGCGAGGAAAAAAAAAUUAGAGAAAAAAAAAACAAAACUGGUCCACGUUAUAAAAAACAUCGCGGGUGCUUCGUGUUUUAUACGCGCGCGCACACACCGGUGCCCGGGCGGCGGAGUUAUAAAAACGUCGCGGGAGACGAUAUUCGGGGGCCCCGGAGCGACGCACACGUUUACCCGUCGGCGGCAGGUGGUUCGUGUUUUAUUCGGUCCCGCGCGAGCACGGGGACGAGGUCACAGUCGUCGGACCGCAGCUACAGUCAGGUGCUAGUCACACCUGCCCGGUUCCAUGUGUCGGACGCGCCGGUGAGCGGCGGCCGUGGCUCGCUGUGUGCGUACGAGCGCGCACGUAUGUUAUUAUUAUUAUUAUUAUUACGGCGACGUUCCUGUUGUAAUAAUACGGAGAGCGACGGAAAACGAGACAAAAAAAAAAAAAAAAAAUUACGCGAUAUUUCCGCGAUAAUAGUAUAAUAAUAACUAUCGCCGUCGUCGUUAUAUUAACAAUAAUAAUACAAACAUUUCGAUAAAACGGAAGUCGGGUCGCACUAUAGUGUACGCUGCGCGAAAAACGAAAAACAAAAAAAAAAAACUUUUGUUAUGGGCGUUUUAAAACAAUAUUAUUGUUUCGGGGGAAGAAAACCUGUUUGUACAUAUUAUGGGUACGGUUACCGCGUGAUUAAUAUGAAGAGAGAGAGAAAAAAAAAACAAAUACCACAAUCGUAUUUAUACGUCAUUGUAUACGCAAUGUAUUGCGCACGUCAUAUUAUGACGCGGGCGGACAACCGAAAACAAUAAUUAAACAGUCGAACACGGUUAACCUACCUAUAGGUACCCUGAACGCGGUGUUUAUGUCAAACAAUUUUUAUUUAGAUUUUUCAUGCGCGAUUCCGGAGAGCCGGGACAUUUCAAAAGUACUUACUUUUCGCUAUACCGGGCACGCUCGUAAAAAAUAGCAGUGCAGCUGCGGAUAUUGUGGGCAUGCAUUAUGCAUUGACUAUAUAUGUAAAUAAUAUAAUGGUUUAAUUGGACAAGCAUUAUAUUGCUUUAGGUUUUGAACAAAGUGCAGAGGAAUGUAUUGGAUUUUUUUUUCCAUCGUGUGUAUCUGUAAACAACUUUUCUACCAGAAACCGUAUUCCAAUCGAAAACUUUAUGUAUAGCAACUUGUAGCAUUUUUUUUUAUUAUCUUGUUCGGCGUGCCGGGGCUGUGGAUUUUCGAUUUACCUCGUAUUUUUCUUAAAAAAUCGGAAAAACUUGCAAUUUUGAUCGAAUUCCGGGUUGCCUUUGCAACAAGCGAAAAACUACGACUAACAUAAUACUUUGUUCAGAAUUGUUUUUUGUUAACAACCGUUAAUCGUUGCAUACAGAUAUAAACUAAAUUACUCUACAUUAUAUCCUCCUUUCCAACUUUUCUCCUACAACAGUGGCAUGCCCAUGAGCAGUAUCAGUCUUUUUCAGUUAUCGAACGGUUUUUUUUAAGUACCUAUACUACGUCCUACGUCUUAAUAACUGCAGUUUAUUAUGGAACACAAGUAUGAUAAAUCGAAAUGAUUCAUUCAAUUGACCUUUUUUGAAUAGCGAUAUUAAUAUAGAAACUGACAAUUAUUCCACGCUUACAAUGCUAUUACAAUAUCACUACCUACCCGUACAAUUUAUCAAAUGAUAGCCUCUCAAUUUACCAUCUAUUAUUAUAGAUUUUUUUUUUUUUUUAAUUACCGACACAGCAUUCAAUUGGUAUUUUUUAAUAGACAAUCAUAGGUAUCUACUUGUUAUUUAAUUCAUUAAUAUUGGAUAACGCGACGGUCGCAAGUAGACAAAUGCAUAUUAUACAGGUUUCUAAUUAAAUUAACAUAGUUUUACUAUAUUAUUAUAAACAUCAAAAUCGAAUAAUAAACGUAUAUAAAAAAAUAAAUACAAAAUGUCUGUAUAAAAUUGAUUUUCAAUCUACAAUGAAACCAUUGUUUUAUAAUAGACGAGAGAAAAUUGUACGGAAUGCACGGGUAUAAUCGACGAAUUGGCCACAUUGCAAAAUUCAUUCGAACGAAUCGUCGACGGUCUUCCCAAAGGUAUGUAUACAUGUGAGAACUAUCCCACAUUUGUCAGUGUGCACCCAACUAUAAUUAUAAUAAUUUAUGUACCCACUGAUUGUAUUAUAUUAACAUUUAAAUAUUAUAAUAAUAUACGCGCAAUUAUUUUCACAUUUCAUUUUUUUUUUUUCUAAAAGUUUUUUUUCAUUUGCUAGUCGAAACAAUAUAUUUUAAUGCCUGUAGGUAUGAAAUAAGAAAAAACUAGAAAUACAAUGCCUACCGUGCCUGCGUCAUAUUAUAUAUUUUAUUAGAUAUAUAGGCACACUGUUCUAACUCGGUUUUAAAACCGAUAUUAUACCAUCAUACACAUACAGUUUAGUAAAACGGUCAAUUUUUAAAACACUAUAAACACGUACGCGUAUAUAUAGGUAUAGGUACUCGUUAUAUAGUAUACUAUUUAUAUAUGUAUAUAUAGGUACUUACAUAAUAAAGGAUUAUAAUAACAGUAGACGUAAUAUAACGUCGAAAUGAACUCAACCUGAAAUUGAAAAAGUCCGUUAAAAAAUUCUUGGACCGUAAACUAUACGUAGGGUUGCUCGUACCUAUGUACCCUGGCAGUAAAAGUAUUUAUUUUUUUUUUUUUUUUGCUCGUUAAUUAUUUUGAUCGGUUAACCAUAUCGGAUAUUAUAUUAUAUAUUAUACGACUGCUGCAGGUGGUUUUUUUUUUCAUAUUCAUCCGGUUAUACCUAAGUACUAUUUCAUUGUUUCCGUUUCUGUUAUAAUAAUAUUAUGUUGUAGUCCGGUAGUCGUGUGCACCUAUAAUACCUGUAUGCAUAAGAAUAAGAACACACAAUGUUAAUUACUAGGCACUAUAUAAUAAAUAUUAUACUCGACUAAAAUAUACAAAAAUAUACAUAUAAUAUUAAAUGCUUAUUUUGUAAAUCCGAAUAAAAAUUAAAUUUAUAAUAAUUACUCGGUACAGCUGCUAGAUAGGUAUAUUUCCAUAAACAUAUUAUAGUACACAAUAUUAUCGAAACGGUACCUAGUAUAGAACGAGUAAACAUAUAAUUGAUGGUAGUCGACACCAAAGACCUAUAGAGUGCACAGGCGCAUAUUUUGUAUUCACAACGAUUUUUGGUACGAAAAUGUCCCGCGACGAAAUUAUUUUACCGACAUUUUCUCGUUUAAUUGUUAUUCAAGCCGAUUUUCCUCCGAUCAGUCCGGUCGAUGUAUAGUGAAGCGUUAAAAACUCUGAAAAACUGAUUUAAGUUCAACGUCAAGUGUACGCCGAGAUCGGUUUUGGGCCACAUUUUUCAAUUUGAUUAUAUAUUUUUUUAAAUGCACAUUUUCAAAUCAAAUAUUUGGAAACUAAAGACUGAAAUUAUUCGAAGAAGUAGCCUGACCGAUCUCGUAUAUAUAUAUAACACAUCUGCAGUUCACGCUGAAAUCAAAUUUGUUAUCGAAAUUUGUCUACCGUUUAACUAUGCAUCGAUCAGAUUGACUGAAGGGAAAUUAUAAAUUGCACUUUUUUUUUUUUGUGUUUAGUUAACACUACGGAACACUCUUCGAAUAUGAAACAAAAAUUAUUGACAAUAUUAUAUGAAAUAAAAAUUACGAAAAAAUGUUUUAAAAAAAAAAAAACUAUAAAAAGAAAUAUUCCAAUCAAAUUGGCAUUAAUGCUUUUGUUGUUAAAAUUGUUAACGUGGUGUUUUUUCCCCUAGAUUGUUCACAAGUUAAAUCGUCGGGAAUGUACCUCAUAGCGCCGGGCGGAAAAAGUCCACUGUUCGUCCAUUGCGAUAUAUCGGACGGUAUGUCCUGGAUUACGGUACAGAAAAGAACUAACGACGGUCUAAAAUUUAACAAUAAUUGGAAUGAUUACGCCAAAGGAUUCGGAAGUUUAUACGGUAAAAAAAAAAUAAUCAUUGUUGCAUAUUUUAAUUUAUCUAUAGGUAAUGGUUAUAAUAUAGAUUGUACACGUCUACACAACAAAAUCAAUAUGAUGCGAUAAUUGGUUAUAACUAUAUAUUUAUAACUAACCGUUCGAAAAUAAAUGAGUACCCGAUCUAUUAUCUCGGUGUAAUAAAAUUUAAUGUUAAUCGUGACGGAAUGGAUAUAUGUAAAAUUGAAUAGAUACCCUAGUCGUUAACCCCCUAUAAUGAGUAUACGCGCUGAAACAUUCAUUCAAGCCGAUCGAAAUAAAAAGUAAAAAUAAAUCAGAAUUAUUUUCGUCUGUAUAAAAAAUAAAAAAAAAAUAAAUAAAAAUAUAAUACACCUCAUGGGAAAGUUCAAUAUCAAUAAUAACACGACCCGUUACAACACGAGGUCGCACACGCUGUUCGAAAUCAUUUAUAUUCGUAAAUAACAUAAUAUUAUGUACCUAAAUUUUUGUCCGUUGACACCCCACGAUUCUAUACACGGGAAACCAGUCAACUGUAUACAUAUAUAUUAUUUACAAACCCCUUACCGACGACACAUAAAUUAGAAUAACGGUACUUCUUCAAGGAUAGUUGAUUUCGGCCGUAUAUCGGUAAACAUUAUUACGCGCACGCACUACAUUUACCGACACGCAGUUUCAAUAAAUUGUUAUAAACGCGAUAAAUCGAAAGAAAAAAGAAAAGAAAAAGAACUCCGAACCGAUAGAACUCCAUACGGUUUCCGUUAAUUCUGCAUUUUACCGUAGUCUUCUAAACUAGACGAGUUUAAAAAACAAAACAAAACAAAAAUACCGUGUGGUGAAAUAGUGUAUUUGACGUAAACAUUUAAAUAUCCUCAUAUUAACUAUUAUAGAUUAAAACGUAGCCAUUUUUGUAAGUCUUUGAAUCUACGAGAUUCACGGCCAUAUACCUCACCCAAAUAUAUAAUGUGUUAUGGACCGCAACAGGUAGACAGAAAGAUCAGCAAAAUCACGGUUAAAUAUCUAGCUGUGCUCGAAUGGGAAAGGACCCGUACCCAAACUAAUUUUACUGGCAUUUUCGAGUUCCUCUACUAUUUAUUUCAAAUGGAAUGCAUAGAAUGAUACAAUUUGAACUUUAUUAUUAAAGAUUAUUAAAAAAAAAUUACUACAUUACACAGAAUUUUUGUUUUUUACCACUAAUUACAACACAAGAUAAACCGUGUGUUAAAUUUUCGUUAGGUUACACGAUUUUAUGUGAUUAAAUUAACUAAAUAAAAACCUAAAAAAAAAACUGUCCAAGUAUAAUGGGGACGGGUGCAGCAAGUGCCACCCACUGUUGUAGGUGGAAAGUUAAAGGUAGGUAGGAUACAGAAGGGAAAUUAAUGUAUAUCUGUAAACAAGGAUAAAUCAUUGCUAACGAAAAAACGAUUCUGAGCGCAGUUUAGUUGAUAGUGAUGCUUUGGUCAACAAUAAACAUGUCAUAUUAUGGUAAAAUGAUUAAAUAGGCGUUAUAUAUUGUCUUUAAUAAUAUUUGUUUAAUAUUGUACCGAUUUUCCUAUGUUUUUUCCGGGCUUCAAAAUCUGCUGGAAAACUCAUGGGAAAAUCGAAAAAUGACUUCCUCCCGGAUCUCCCUAAAAUACCACCCCAAGAAAAUUUCCUCUCAAAAAAGUAUUAACAUCGUAAACAUCGGAGUAAGCUUUCUGUUGGAAGAGUUCAUAUGAAAAAUAUAAAUAAAUAAACAUUUUUAUAAAACCUAAAGUAAUACAUUCUUCGCUUCACUCAGAAUCUAAACUUCGAAAAUUUAAAAUGGUUUUAAAUAAUUAUGUUAUAAGAAGUAAUAUUUUUUUUUCGUAAAUUAUUAACUACAAAAUUAUGUUUGAAAACAAACGGACAUACUUCGCACGAUGGGUAGGCCAUUUAAUAGGGUGGGCGAGAAGUUGGUAAGGUAGAGGUGAAAAUGAAUGUAUUACGCAACGAUUAAUCAUUGUUAACGAAGAGCGAUUCUGAGCAGAGUUCGAUUAUACAUAUUUUGAAAGGCCGUAAUAUUUACGAUUUGAAAAUAAUAAAUUUCGUAAAUUUUCCAGGUUUUUCCCAUUUAUUAUGAAAACCCAUAGGAAAAUCAAAAAAAAAAAAAAAAAUGAUCUAUUUAAAAUACCACCAAGGUCAAAUUAAUUUUUUACAGAAAAGGUAUUAGAUUUGAAAAUCGGAGCGAAAUUGUUUAUAGAAAAGUUGUUUACAGAAAAAAAAAAAAAAGAAGAAAAAAACGUAAUUUUUAAAACCAAUAAAAUUAAUCUAAAAUUAGUAUAAGGGGUGUGGAGGCGAACCCACACACGAUAUAAAAUAGGUACCGGUAUCCAGGCACGUAUACAGGGGGGGGGGUGGUUGUUGUUCAACCUCCCUCCCCGAAAAUUAAUAGUUGUGCAAUUUAUUUAUAUAAAUUUAAUUUAAUUUUUAUAAAUAUUGAUUAUUGUACAUUUUUUAUGAACCCUCCCUCGAAUUUUAUUUUUUGUGUACGUACCUGCUUAUAUUACAAUUAUUAUUGUGACGUAUCUACCUCGGUACUCACUUAGCACGUGUCUAGCGUACAAAAUAGAUAUCGUUUGGGUAUAAUUUCUACACCAUCCUGCGUUUAACCGUAAUAAAUAAUAAUAAAUUAAUUAUUGAAAUCGUUUCCAGGUGAUUUAUGGCUCGGCAAUGACGCCAUCCAUCGAUUGACAGCCGACAACGGAUCUUCUUUACGUAUUCAAAUGACAGACAUUUACGACAACGAUUGGCGAGCAGACUACGCACAUUUUGCAAUAUCGGACGCCAUUGACGGUUACCGAUUGAACAUUUCCGGAUACGAUGGUAACGCCACGGACGCUUUAACGUUCCAAAACGGUCACCGGUUCAGCACGGAGGAUCGCGACCAAGACGACAGUACGGCCAACUGUGCUGCCAACUACGAGGGAGGAUGGUGGUACUCGCGGUGUCAACAUGCCAACUUGAACGGCAAGUACAACUUUGGGCUAACGUGGUUUGACAUCAGUCGCAACCAAUGGAUGGCGAUUGCCAAAAGCGAAAUGAAAAUUGGCCGUCCAGUGGCCAGUGUGUAACUGUAUAAAUCUUAGAAUAAAACUAUGUCCGAACAUGACCAAAUAAUAUUAGUUAGGUAGUUUUAGUCAUGCAUCUGAUGACAUUUUAACCAUGUGUGCUAGUCAAGUGAGACAAUGUUGAACUAUUUUUAUAUUAAAUGCAUAUUGUCUGAUUUUUUUUCUUUAGUAUUUAAAAUUUAUAUUUUGAACUGAUUAGUUAGUAGUAGACAUUGAUAAUUUUCUAUACAACCAAUUUGUUUAAUGUUUAUUUCAUUAUAGAUAUUUAAGAAUACUAUGUAUACAAGUAGGUACCUGUAAAUUUAAAGCAAAUUGUACGUAUUAAAAUAUUGUAAUUUGUAUUAAUUUAUCUAUAGUUUUAAUUUUUUUUAUGUUAAUUUCUGAUCUCAAAACAUGAUCAAUAUACAUUAAACAUUUCAUCAUUUGACAAUAAUUACCUAUUGAUUAGUUAUAAUUAUAUAUUACUUUUACUUUUAUAUUAUAUUAAAUUAUCACUGCACAUAAUUUAAGUAUAUUUAUUGUACAGAAAACACAAUAUUUUAAAAGCACCAAUACAAAAAUAAAAUGCAUGAUAUUUAUGCUCAAUAUAUGAUAAAUACUCUUAAUUUGUAAUGUUCAUAAAGUACUGAAAACAACAUAUUUUGUUAAGUAAAUAAUAAUAAAUGUAUUAAUUGAUGAUUUAACUAUUUUAUUAAUAUAUAAAUAUUUUUAUAUAAAAAAAAUCUCCUGUUAAACUUAAAAAAUAAUAAAUUGUCAAAUUUAUAUAUAAAUUAAUAAUAAAUAUAUAUACAAAAUAUUUUACAUAAUAAAAUAAAUUAAUAAUAAAUAAGUGAAUGGUGUAAAAAAAACUAAAUAAUACAACUGUUGCUGUAAUAGUGGUAUAUAUAUCACAGUUCUUUAAACAACCAAGCAAUUGAAAAAUAGUAUAUUAUGUUAAAUUUUAAGAAUGGAAAUAAAUAAUAAAGUUAAAUAAAAAAAUUCACAGCCUUUAAAAAAAUGAAACGUACAUUAUUUAAGAAUUUCGCCUAUUUAGUAUAUCAAAAAGCACUUCAUUGGAACUGUUUGAAUAUUCCGAAUCAUCAGAAUCACUCUCAGGUAAUGUUAAAUGCUUAUUGUCAUCACCAAUAAUGCCAUAUCGACUGUCAAUUGACCUUGAAUUUAUAUACUUUUGCCACACAUGUCCAAAAACACCAAUCAUGCAUAAUGCUAAACCUAAAAAUUUUGCACUAUUCAUUUUAUCACCAUUCCAUUCCACAGCCAAAAUCAAAGUGCAAAUUUCCUGAUAAAUAAUCCAAUUAAAAUUAAUAAAAAAAAUAAAUAAAUAAAUAAAUACAUUAUACUAACUUUUAUAAUUCCAACUACACUUAGUGUUAUACUAGAUGUUUUGUAUACAGCAAAAUAUUCUGAAAUUUCAAGACCAAAGGCCAGGCUCGAUCCAAUUAAAAUUCGUGAGAUCAUUUGUAAACAUUCAGUGUUUUUAUUACUACUCCACCAAUUUAAAAAUGCAUUACCUGUUCAAUAAAAUUAAACUUUAAAUAUUAUAAUAUAGACACAGAUAUGAUCAAUAUAAAGAAUAUAUAGUAGGAACAA